AUGGAAACGGCAUAGAAUGUCAUUCCUAAAAAUCUAACUACUUAUUUCAACACAGUUAUAGGUGCUUUAAACAUUUUCUAAACAAUGUCUAACAAGUUUUAUCCUGAAUAUAUGGAUGUGAAUAAUGCAAAAAAUUUUUAAAUUGAUGACCCAACAGUUUACUCAUCAAUAUAUUAAGGCAAUCCUUAAUUAGAAAAUAAUAAGAGAAAAUCUAGAAAUUUAAAGUAUGUGGAUUCAUUAUAUUAAACAAUUUUAGAAUAGAACAUUACAAACUCGUAAAUUAAUUUUUAGAUAAAUACAAUUUUGAUAAACAAUUCAAUUCAGAAAUAAUAGGACAACAUUUUUUUAAAGAAGCUAUUGGAUGUUGCUAUAUUGACUUAUAAGAAAUAAUAAAUGAUAAAACUGGAUUAUUUUAUCAAUAGACAGGAAUUUUAGAUAAGACAAAAUGGCUUAAUUAGGCAAUAGAUGAAGUAUCAUUAAUCCUACUUGAAUAUUUUAAAGGUUAAUUCAAAAAGGAAUAGAUUUUUGAUGAAUACAUUGUUUCAUUUGCUGAAAUCUAAAAUUUUGUAUAUAAAAAAGUGAUUAAAAGAGCAAAAUCAACAUAAAAAGAUACUUAUAUUAAAUUAAAACAAAAAAUAAAGUAAUAUUUUAAAGAAUUACAUGAUACAGAUAUCUAAUUUGAAACUAUAUGUAAUUAAAUUAAAUUGAAAAUUAUUGAUCUUUUGGAUGCUAAGACUUUAAUAGAGAAGCAAUAUAAAAUUCAAAUGGAUAGUUUUUAAGAUUACAUUUCAUAAAACUAUGGAUUUAAUCUAACAAAUGCAAUAAUGUAUAAAUUUAUUCAUAUUUUAGAUAUAAAUAUUGUUAAAAAUUAAAAAGAAAUUAUGUAUCAAAAGCAUAAGAAAGUUUUACACCUUAUUUAAAUUUUGAUUUUUAAGAUAAGUAUAAAGAUUAUUUAGCUCUAAUAGAGUUUUAUUUAAUUCAAUAUUUUCAUAAUAAAUAAUUUGUUGAAGGUAUUACAAAAUAAGAUCUCAAUUCUAAUUUAUAAUAUUUAAUAUACUCUAUUGAAUGGAUUUAAUCUAGUGUUGAAGCUGAUGAAGCACUUAUCCUUUUGGAUUCAUUAUCAAAUUAUAAUUCUAAUAUAAGUUAAUCAAAAAGUCAAAUAUUUUGGAAUUAGUAAUUUUCAGUAAAUGUUCUUGCUAAUUUUAAAAACCAUAAUAAAUAAAGAUGUGAAAAAGCAGUAUAAUGGUGGUUUGAUUAAGUAGAUGAAUAAACAAAUAUACAAGUCAUUUGUUAAAUUUAUCUUAUUUUAGCAGGAAUAAAAUUUUAAGAUGAUAAAUUAAUUUUUGGAGAUUAUGAACCUUCAAAAAGAAAUGCCUUUUCAUUAAUAUUAAGAUAAUUAAAUAAUGGAAAAUUUUAAUAUUUAAAUAAUUCUUUGAUGAAAUUAUGUGAAUAAGUGACUCAUAAAAUCUAAUUUCAAAUUAUAAAUGAAAUUGAAAAUAGAUUAAAAAAUAAUACAUAAGAUUAAUUAGAUAAUGUUAUGUAACUACCUUUUUAGAUUGAAUUAGCUAGUAUAUAAGUUUUUGUAUUUUUAUAUGGUAGAGGUUAAAAUUAACUCUAAAUUAAUUUGGAAUUUUAUAAAAAAUAUGAAUGUUUAAAAAUGAUUGUUUAACCAGAGAAUGCAAAUAAUUUAACAGCAAUUAAAGAUUAGCAAUUUUCUUAGUUUUAAAAACAAUUUGAAGAAAUCAAAUUAAAACUAAUAGAAAAUUAAAAAAAGAAAAUGUAAUCUAAUGAGCUUCCUAGUUCUUUGACAUUUCCAUCAUAAAUUUAUUUUUAAUUACUUUCAAAUUAAGAUCAUAACUCAAAUGUAAUAACAUUAUGCAUCUCAGGAUUUUUGAGUGGAGAUGAGGAUAAAUAAUCUUAAUGGGGUGAAUUAUUGCAUUCAUGUUCUGGUACAGUUAUUGGAUUACAUUGGAAUUGCAGUGAAACUAAAGAAUUUUUUACUACAGUAACAUAAAGUUUGGCCUAAAAUUUAAUACCUCAAAUAUUAAGUAAAGUUAAUUUUUUUGGAGUAGCAAUGAGUGCAGUAUAAUUAAUAACAUAAAAUCCAUAUGAGAAGGCUCACAAGGAAGCUGAGAGAGUUGGAAAAUAUUUAGCAUAUUUAAUUUCUGAUUAUUAAUUAUUUGGAAAUAGAUAAAUUAAUAUUAUUUGUCAUUCAUUAGGUAGUGUAAUUGUUUUAGAAUGCAUAAAAGAAUUAGAUAAAAUAUUUGAAAAAUAAAAAAAAUAAUUUAUAAAUGAAGUAAUGAUUAUGGGAGGAGUAGCUGAUGUUUACAAACUAUAGAAGAGAAGAUGGAAUGCUGUAGCUGGAAAAAUUUAUAAUAUUUAUUCUAAAAAGGAUUUAAUCUUAAAUUAUGUAUUAACAGUUGCAAAACUCUUUGAUUCUCCUUGUGGUAUAUAUAUAGAUUUAGUAUAAUUUUAGGAUUAAAGCCUAUAUAUUUAGGAUAUAAGUAAGUUAUAAAUUGUGAUUUCACAGAAAUUGUUAAUGGACACUCUGAUUAUUGGAAUAAGAUGAUGAAAUUACUUAUGCAUUCUGAUUUCAAUAAUGACUUUAAGUUCAUGACUAGUUCAAUAAAGGAAAUAUUUUGA